GUGCAGGUAUGGUUUGUUGUCUUCCAGUGUUCUUCCGUCAUGCAUAAAUUAAGGAAAUGAUUUGUUUUUCUUAUCUUCUCCAGUGAUGUGUUAGUGUUUUUGCUUGUUAUGGGUAAGGGUCGAAGGUGAGGUUGUGCUCUGUUCAGGUGAUCGGCCUAAUUGGUUUGAAAACGGUUGUGGUGAAGUAAAAUUCCCUCUCUGUUCUAUAUUCCCUAUUUACUUAUGUUCACUGUUUCUUUUUUUUUCUUUUUUUUUUUUUUUUAGCUGACUGCAUGUUCUUUUCUCGAUCAUCAUCUCUAUUUUGACUUCAAGAAACACGGUAAAGAAAAUCCAUGGGAAAAACUGUGAUAAACUAGACUUACCUUGAGUUCACCCAUUGUCACUCAAACCAGCACGAGUCACAUUCCGUUGACCUUCAGGAUGGACGUGCGUGUCGCCCCUCACAAGCCGGCCACGCGACGCUCCUCCAAGGACGGCACCACCAGCAGGAGUCGCCCCACCACGGCAGGACGGCCCCUGGGCUCCGCGGUGGCCAGGCAGCAGCCCCCGACCCUCACCCUCCACCUCAGCGAUGCCGCCCUUGGACACCACGGAGGGUACCACCAGCGUUACACUGGACACAUGAGUGACGCCGGCAUCGGAAGCCGGGGGGCGGGGGACACGGGGCUGCGGGGCAUGGCGAGGCGGGGCAGGGGCCAGCGAUCAGACAGCCUCACACAGGACGCCGGGGAGACGAGCCGCCUCCUGCCGUCCAGACCCCGCCUGCCCGCCUACCGCCUCUCGGGGCAUGACCAUGAGAAGCAGCGUCACCGGCGUCGCCUGGAGGCUCUAUCUCAGCUCGGCCUCAACACUGCAGCUGACCUCGCCCUCCAUCGGCCCUUCCCCCACCUCGCCCACGGCAUCAAGGAGACGCCUCACAUCAGCUUGAGCAGCUCCGGCGCGUCCCGUCCUGACCACCUGAGGAGCGGCAGGGCGCGGGCCAGGGGCGGUGUGGACAGUGUCCUGGACCCCUACUUCAUGACGGAGGCGGAGGCAGAGGUGGAGGCGGAGGAGCCGGCCGAGUUCAAGAUCCGGCGGCCGCUCACCACACGAGAGCUGACCAGGAAGAUCAAGAAGCACCAGGACGCCGUCAGGAGGGAGCGACGCCGCUUCAUCGCCGGUGCCGAGAGGCCUCCGGCCAGGAAGAAGGCAAGUUACUUGGAGAUGCUGGAAAACCGUCAGGAGUUCCGCCGAGUCUUGGUGAAUCUCCUGAAGACGGAGGAGGCAAGUGCCGGCGGGGCGGGGCGGGGCCAGCUGGAGCGGCGGUACCACUACUUCAUCACGCGGGGCCUCUCCAUGCGCACCAGCCCCUUCCAGAAGUCGUGGGUGUCCGCCAUCCUCGCCCUCGUCCCCAAGCACCUCAGAAACCAGAUGGGGACGUGCCAGAGCCUCCUGCAGCAGCUCCAGAGGGACUAUGAGCACAACAUGAGGAAAGUAGCUGUUGACUUUGUCCUCAACUCAGGCAAACCUCGGCCACGCCCGCAGAAACCCAACGAGAAAGACUCAGGCCGCGUGGCCCUGGAGUCCUACGGCCCCUCCAAGAACGCCAUCAAGAGGAACCUCCACCUGCUGAACUACUGCAUGCUGUCCACCCUCGAGAUGUGGUACCGGGAGUACAGCGGGCUGCGGCUGGUGGAGGUGGGCGGGGUGAUGGCGGGCCGCCGCAGCCUGGAGCUGGAGGAGUUCAUGGCGGGCGUGGCAGACCAGCUGGACGAGACCAACGAGACCCUGGGCCACUGGUUCACACAGAUACAGACCAUCUUCUACAAGGGGUUUCAAAAAGGCCAGAUGCCAGGGUUCAGCCAGCCCAGCCGCCUCUCCUCUUUCUGCAAUGCUGCCGUCACCAUCAUGACCCACAACCUGCAGUCCCUGUGCCUCCUGUCCCUCUUUUCCACCACUGCCGCCCUGUGUGGUGCCAAGCCUGACCUGCAGGACCCGGCCUCCUUGGCACUCUGGAUCAAGGAACCCACCUCAGCUGAGGCCCAAGUGGCACAGUCAUGCGUGGACAGCCAGAAUAAAUCAGUGGAAGAUGCCCCCACCACAGACGAGGGUCUUGGGGAGUCUGUGGGUGACAGCUCCCAGCAGACUAGCAGUGAGGCUACAGGUGAAGGUGACUCAGGCUCCAGUGAAGGUGACAAUGGUGGCAUCCCUCCCCAGGCAGGUUCCAGUGGUCACCCAGACAAGCCAAUGGUACUCAAGCUUCACCUCCUUCUUAAUGGGAAGCAGGUGGUGAUCAAGCCAACCUUCACUGAGGUGGAGACAUCAUUGAUUUCCCUCUAUGAGAAGAUGACUGAGCUGUGCAUGUCGGUGCCACGCCUUGAAACCAAACUGUUUGCUGAGUGGGAGGGGCGGCAGGGCAGCAUCACGCCAGUGGUGGAGGAGGUGAUUGUGGCAAGGCUGAGGCAGCAGGUGUUAAAAGAGAUAUCCGAAUCCAAUGUGGCACCAACACACCACGCCACACACUACACCAAGUACAGUGCCCUCAUCAGUGGCCAGGCAGAGGAGGAGGUGCAAGAAUUCAUGUCUGGAGAUCACCCUUUUGAGACCUACAAGGAGAAGCUGACAGAGUUUACAAACCUGAGAGCUGACAUCCUCAUCUCCUCUCAACAGGUGGUGGAGCUGGGUCCCUAUGAAGUGCACUGUGAGGCUCUGGUGGAUUCAUUAGUCACACGCGUCACUAAUCUGAGGAGAGAGAUGCUGACACACCUCCACGGCCAGUACUGUGCUGCUGCGGACACGCUGUGUGGGGAACUGAAGGUGAUCACAGAGCGAGCCCUCAGUACCCCUGGAGACACAUUGCAGCUGAUGGAGCACAAGAGCUACAUGGAGGAUGUAAUGGAGAACCAGCUCACCACCCUUGAGAACCGUGUCUGGUGCCUUCACCAACAACUGCAGUACUUGGCAGAGAACAUGUCACUUAGCUCUGAGGAAUGCAGUGAUGCUGUGCAGCCUCUCGCCUGGUUCAUCCGUCUGCCGGAGGUGUUCAGGGUUCACCUCCAGAUCAUCACUGAAAAAAGGGCAGAAUAUGAGGCCAACCUGAGGGAACGUCGUGAGAAGUUCCAGGAGGAGUUGGCAGAGUAUGCGAUCCAGCUUGAGGAGUUCCAGACCCUAGGAGAUGUGAGUGAGAUCCAUGAAUACUUACGGCGAGCCAGGUCUCUGCACACUCGCCUUGACCAUGCUGCCAACUAUGUGGACCAGAUCAACAAGGAGGAAGAGGCUCUCUCCUGGAAUACCACCCAUUACCCUCUCAGGAAGCAGGUGUCAGAUCGCCUUGCACCCUUCCUGAAACUCUAUGAGGUUGGGGUAGAGUGGUCAGACCGCUUGGAGGAGUGGUUACAUUCUCCAGUGGGCACCCAUGACCCUGAUGUCAUCUCCCAGGAAGUAGCAGCCACCUGGCGGACUGUGUACAAGCUGGAGAAAGGGUUUUCAGACAUCCCUGCUGCCAAGAAUGUGGUCUUAGCGGUGAGGCAAAGAAUUGAAGCUUUCCGAGAGAAUCUGCCACUGGUUCAGACUCUGGGCAACCCUGGCUUAAAGGAGCGACACUGGGAGAAGAUUUCUGAGGUGGUGGGCUAUCCCCUUAGGGCUGAUGCAACCACCACACUUCAGCGCCUCAUAGACUCUAACUUGGAGGAUUACCUGACCAAGUUUGAGUCUGUGUCUGAGGCAGCAUCCAAGGAGCAUGUCUUUGAGAGGAACCUUGAGAAGAUGAAGAGUGAGUGGCAAGAGAUGGAGCUGGUGCUCAAGCCUCAUCGGGAGACAGACACGUGGGUUCUCUCAGCUGUAGAGGACAUCCAGUUCCUCCUUGAUGAUCACAUUGUCAAGACACAGUCCAUGAGAUCCUCCCCAUUCAUCAAGCCCAUUGAGGCUGAAGUGGCAGCAUGGGAGACAACACUGGCUCAGCUGCAGGAGGUUGUGGAUGAGUGGCUCAGAGUCCAGGCCACUUGGAUCUACUUAGAGCCCAUCUUUGGCUCUCCUGACAUCAUGGCACAGAUGCCAGAGGAGGGACGCAGGUUCAACACAGUGGACAAGACUUGGAAGGACAUCAUGAAGAGUGUGAGGCAAAACACCCGAGUACUGUCAGUUCUGGAGGUGGACAAGAUCCUUGAGCGCCUCCGCAAGUCCUCAGAGUUGCUUGAGCUGAUCCAGCGUGGCCUCAAUGAGUACCUCGAGAAGAAACGACUGUACUUCCCAAGGUUCUUCUUCCUCUCCAAUGAGGAGCUACUUGAGAUCCUGAGUGAGACCAAGGAUCCCAGCAGAGUCCAACCUCACCUCAAGAAGUGCUUUGAGGGUGUUAAUUCCCUUGAUUUUGGUGAUGAUCUGGAGGUUGUGGCAGUGCGAUCAAGUGAGGGUGAGGUAAUUGGGCUGACGCAGAUCAUCAGCACAGCCAAGGCUCGGGGACAGGUGGAGAAGUGGCUGGUGCAGCUAGAGACCAGUGUCAAGUGCAGCAUCAAGAAGGUGGUGGAGUCCUGCAUGGAAGCCUAUACUGCCAAGCCACGUGAAGACUGGGCACUGGAGUGGCCGGGGCAAGCUGUCCUCUGUGUCUCACAGACUUUCUGGACCACACACGUUUCCCGGUGCAUGGUGGAAGGGUCCAAGGAGAUGGAAACAUACUAUGGGCUCUGCAACAGUCAGAUUGAAAAGGUUGUAGGACUUGUACGAGGUCAACUCUCCAAACAGAACCGCACCACCCUUGGAGCACUUGUGGUCCUUGAUGUCCAUGCUCGAGAUGUUUUGAAGGAUGAAAUCAUGAAGAAGAAGGUGACUGACCUGACUGAUUUCACUUGGCUCUCUCAGCUGCGAUACUACUGGCAGGACAACAUUCUAAAAGUGCGGAUGAUCAAUGCAGAGCUGGACUAUGGUUAUGAAUACCUGGGCAACACUGGCAGGCUGGUGAUCACCCUGCUGACGGAUCGCUGUUACCGCACCCUCACCCAGGCCCUCAUGCUCAACCUGGGUGGAGCACCAGAGGGUCCUGCAGGCACAGGCAAAACUGAGACAACUAAGGACUUGGCCAAGGCUGUUGCCAAGCAGUGUGUGGUGUUCAACUGUUCUGAUGGACUUGACUACAUCUCUCUUGCUAAAUUCUUUAAGGGCUUAGCCUCAUGUGGUGCCUGGACGUGCUUUGAUGAAUUCAACCGCAUAGAGCUGGAGGUGCUGUCAGUGGUGGCUCAGCAAAUUCUCACCCUCCAGCGUGGCCUCCAGUCUAAGGCACCAAAGCUCACCCUGCAGGGCACCGAGGUGAGCCUUGAUCCCACCUGUGCAGUCUUCAUCACCAUGAACCCUGGAUAUGCUGGCCGCUCAGAGCUUCCUGAUAAUCUCAAGGCACUGUUCCGUUCAGUGGCCAUGAUGGUGCCAGACUAUGGACUCAUCGCUGAGAUCUCCCUUUACUCCUUUGGCUUUGUGGCGGCUCGCAGCAUGUCACGCAAGAUUGUAGCCACUUACAGGUUGUGUUCUGAACAGUUGUCUGCUCAGCCCCAUUAUGAUUAUGGCAUGAGGACAGUCAAGGCUGUUCUCAUAGCUGCUGGAACACUCAAGCUCAAGUACCCAGACAUGCCAGAAGAUGUGGUGGUCUUGAGAUCCAUUCGUGAUGUCAAUCUCCCCAAGUUCCUUGCCCAUGAUCUCCCAUUGUUUGAAGGCAUCAUUGCUGACCUCUUCCCUGGUGUGGUGCUGCCUGAGCCAGACUACACCUUCCUCUAUAGGGCAGUGAAGGAGGUGUGUGCAGGGGCAGGGCUGAGGGCCAACAACUACUUCAUGGACAAGAUUCAGCAGGUGUAUGAGACCAUGAGGGUGAGGCACGGCUUCAUGCUCAUUGGAAAUCCUAUUGGAGGAAAGACCGUUGCCCUGAGAACUCUUGCCAAGGCUCUUGGAAUAAUGAACGACAGGGGAGAGGGAGAGAACAGAGUACAAAUGUGUGUGAUCAACCCCAAGGCAGUAACAGUAGGGCAGCUCUAUGGCCAGUUUGACCCCACUUCUCAUGAGUGGUCUGAUGGCGUGCUUGCUGUCAACUUCCGCAAGUUUGCUGUUUCAUCCUCACCAGACAGGAAAUGGAUAGUGUUAGAUGGGCCAGUAGACAGUGUGUGGAUUGAGAACAUCAACUCGGUGUUGGAUGACAACAAGAAGCUGUGUCUCAUGUCUGGUGAGAUUAUCUGCCUCUCCUCCACCACCAACAUCAUCUUUGAGGUUCAUCACCUUGAGAAUGCCUCCCCUGCCACGGUAUCUCGCUGUGGGAUGGUCUACAUGGAGCCGCUAGCUUUGGGCUGGCGACCUUUAGUGGAGACGUGGCUAGCAAAACUCCCUCAGACUCUCACACAGCAACACAAGGCUGUCCUUACUGCCCUCUUCCACCGCUUUGUGCCUCCACUCCUUUCCUUUGUCAGAAAACACCUCCUCUGGUUCAAGCUGGAGAGGAGUGAGUCUUACGUGCAGAAGGGUGUCUCCCCUACCACUGACCUGAACCUGGUGCAGAGUCUCAUGAACAUCUUUGACUGCUUCCUGGAUGAGUUCACAGACCCUGCCUACACCAAGCACCACCCUGAGUCUGACAUUCGUGCUCACCUUGAGAGUAUCUUCCUCUUCUCUGCCAUCUGGUCACUUGGAGGGCCACUAGACGAGGCCUCAAGGGCAAAGUUUGACCUCCUACUUCGGGAACUGAUUAAUGGUGACCCCAGCAAGGAAACAGUGGAGAAGUACGGGGUGGUUCCUCCGCCUCCCCAUGACUACCAGCUGCCUAUUCCAGAUGAUGACACUGUGUUUCACUACAAGUUUGUGAAGGAGGGUCGAGGGUACUGGCAGAAAUGGAGUGAGGAUCUUGCUAAUGCUGCUUCCAUCCCCCGUGAUGUAGCAGCCCACCAGAUCCUUGUACCCACUGUUACCACUGUUCGAGUCUCAGCCCUCCUCAGCCUUCUUCUUUCACAGGCAAAGCCUCUCUUACUGGUGGGGUCGCCUGCUACUGGAAAGUCUGUUUAUGUCUCGGACUUCCUCAGAAACAAACUGAAGAGUGAUGUGUAUAAGCCUAUGUUUCUAAGCUUCUCAGCACACACCACCACCACCCAUGUUCAGGAUUUAGUCAUGAGCAGCUUAGAUAAGCGGAAGAAGGGGGUGUAUGGACCACCAGUGGGCAAGAGAUGUGUGCUCUUUGUUGAUGACCUCAACCUGCCACAGACAGAUGCAUUUGGCACCCAUCCACCCUUGGAAUUACUUCGGCAGCUGGUGGAUCAUGCCACCUGGUAUGACAUUAGGAAAGAAGUAGAACCAAUUCAUCUGGAAGACAUGCAAUUGGUGUCAACAAUGAGUCUAAGAGAGAGUGGCAGAACCUCCCUCACGCCGCGCCUGCUGAGACACUUCAACGUUGUUGCUGUCAAUGACUUUGAGGAUGCCACCAUUCAUUCAAUAUUUUCCAAGAUUUUGCUGUGGCAUCUUGAUACACGUGGCUUCAGCAAGAUGUUUGACCCUUGUAUUGGGGAGAUUGUGAUGGGGACGCUGGAGGUGUAUCGCUCUGCUGCCAUCAACCUCCGUCCAACACCCUCACGCUCACACUACAUCUUCAACCUCAAGGAUUUCUUCAGAGUCAUACAGGGUGUUUUACUGUCGGUGCCGGAGACCAUGGAGGAUCUUCGCUCCAUGAAGAAGCUGUGGGUUCAUGAGGUCAUGCGGGUGUUCUAUGACCGCCUGGUGGACGGUAAUGAUCGUAAGUGGCUGCUGGACCGCAUCUCAGCCGCCUGUGCCAAUCACCUGAAUGAGGACUUCAACCACCUCAUGAGUGAACUGGAUCAGGAUGGAGAUGGUGUGGUGACAGAAGGAGACUUGAGAAAUCUUGUGUAUUGUGAUUUUGCUGACCCUAAGAGUGAGAGUCGCCACUAUGUGCAGGUGGAAAACUUGGAGGGAUUGCGUUCAGUGGUGGAGGGUUACCUACACGAAUUCAACAACAUGAGCAAGAAACCCAUGAAUCUUGUUAUGUUCAGGUUUGCCCUUGAACACCUGGCCAGGAUCUGCCGAGUUCUGCGGCAGCCAAGAGGACAUGCCAUGUUGGUGGGGGUGGGAGGCAGCGGCAGGCACUCCCUCACACGUCUGGCUGCCCACAUCACUGACUAUGAAUUGUUUGAGGUUGAGAUGAGUCGCAGUUAUGGCAUCACAGAGUGGCGUGAGGACUUGAAGACCAUCCUGAAGAAGGCAGGCUCCGGGGAGCAGCACAUUGUCUUCCUCUUCAGUGACACUCAGAUCAAAGAUGAGAUAUUCCUUGAAGCCAUCAGCAGCAUCCUUAGUCUUGGGGAGAUCCCUGGGCUGUUCCCAUCAGAUGAGAAACACACCAUCUGUGACAAGAUGAGGAAUAUUGAUAGGCAGCGGGACAAGAGUAAACAGACGGAUGGAAGUCCCGCAGCCCUGUGGAUGCUGUUUGUGGAGAGGGUGAGGGAGCAGCUUCAUGUGGUGCUUGCUUUCUCCCCCUGUGGUGAGGCCUUCAGGAACAGGCUCAGGAAGUUCCCAGCACUCCUCUCUUGCUGUACCAUUGACUGGUUCCAGGCAUGGCCAGAGGAUGCUUUAGAGGCAGUGGCCUUGAGGCUCCUACAGGGUGUAGAACUCCCUGAGGAGACACUUAAAGGAUGUGUCUCUCUUUGCCAGUACUUCCACACCUCCACACAGGAGCUAUCAGACAGGUUUCUGACGCACCUCCGUCGCUACAACUACGUGACGCCCACUUCCUACCUGCAACUUCUCCACACCUACAUGGUCAUCUUGGAACGCCGCAGAGGGGAAGUGAAGAAGCUUGAGUGUCGCUACACAACGGGGCUGGACAGGCUGGAGGAGGCCGAGACCUCAGUCCUUUCCAUGCAACAGGAGCUUCUCAAUCUCCAGCCAAUCCUUAUGACCAAGACUCGGGAGGUGGAAGACAAAAUGGCUGUUGUAGAAAAGCGGAGGCAGGAAGUGGCUGAGGUUGAACGUGUAGUAAGGCAAGAUGAAGAGGUGGCCAACGAAGCUGCCGAGGCUGCCAAUGGGAUCAGGAAGGAGUGUGAGGCUGAGCUUAACUUGGCCCUCCCACUACUGGAGGAAGCCACGGCUGCCCUCAACACCAUCAAGCAGGAUGACAUUGUCUUCAUCAAGGCCAUGAAGAAUCCUCCUGCUGGCGUCAAGCUGGUGAUGGAGGCUGUGUGUGUGCUGCUGGGGGAGAAGCCAGACCGAGUGCCAGACCCUCAAGGCACCGGCAAGAUGGUGGAGGAAUACUGGUCAGUCAGCAAAAGGCUUCUUGGGGACAUCAAGUUCAAGGAAAACUUGCUGAACUUUGAUAAAGAAAACAUUAGUCAGAAGGCCAUUCAGACCAUCCGUUCCAAGUACCGAGACAACCAGGAGUUCAAACCAGAGAAGAUCAUGGUGGCAUCCAAGGCAGCAGAGAGCCUGUGCAAGUGGGUGUUGGCCAUGGAGCGCUACGAGGAGGUGGACCGCAAGGUUGCACCCAAGCGAGAGGCACUGCAGCGAGCAGACCAACAGUACCAGGGCCUGAUGGGGGAGCUGCGCAAGAAGCAGGAGGCACUGAGAGGUGUUCAGGAGGAGCUAGCAGGCCUGCAGGCAGAGCUUGACACUGUCAAGAAGGAAAAACUUGAACUUGAGCAGACGGUGGAGCUCUGUAGCAUCAAGAAGGAUCGUGCUGAGCAGUUGCUAGCGGCCCUGGGGGGUGAGAAAACACGCUGGACUGACAAUGCUCACCACCUUGCUCAGGUCUACAUAUUUCUAACAGGUGACAUGCUGCUAGCCGCUGGUGUAAUUGCUUACCUGGGAGCCUUCACCCCUGAGUACAGGGCUGAGCAGACAGCCCGCUGGCAGCAGGAGUGCCGUGAUAGAGGUGUUCCUUGUUCUGGGGAGUUUCUUCUUGCCUCAGUGCUUGGGGAUCCCCUAACUAUCAGGGACUGGACACUGAAUGGCCUUCCCACUGACCCUUUCAGCAUUGACAAUGGUGUCAUAAUCAGUAACACAACCCGCUGGCCACUGCUCAUUGAUCCUCAAGGUCAGGCCAACAAAUGGAUAAGGAACAUGGAGAAGGACAAUUCCCUCCAGGUGGUGAAGCUUUCUGACCCAGAUUUCAUCCGUACCCUGGAAAACUGCAUCCAAUUUGGCCAGCCUGUAUUGCUUGAGAAUGUCGCAGAGGAGCUUGAUCCCAUCCUUGAGCCUCUCCUGCUGAAGCAGACUUUCAAGCAGAGUGGCUCCACCUGCAUCAAGCUGGGGGAUGCCACCAUUGAGUACUCUGCAGACUUUCGCAUGUACCUUACAACAAAGCUGAGUAACCCUAAUUAUGUCCCUGAAGUUUCUGUCAAAGUCACCCUUGUCAAUUUUGCCCUGACUGGUGCUGGGCUUGAGGACCAGCUGCUUGCCCUUGUGGUGGCUCACGAGAAGCCUGAGCUAGAGGAGGAGAGGGUGACACUUAUGCUCCAGACGGCCCAAAACAAGAAGAACCUCAAGGAGUUAGAGGACCGCAUUCUUUCCACUCUGUCCUCCUCGAAGGGCAGUAUUCUUGAGGAUGAGACAGCAAUCAACAUCCUGAGUGAUGCCAACAGACUGGUGAAGGAGACCCAAGAGAAACAGACCAUUGCUGAGGAGACAGAGAAGAAGAUCAACACCACCCGUCUAGGUUAUCGUCCUGUUGCUGUCACUGCGUCCAUUCUCUUCUUUACCCUGCGAGACUUGGCGGCCCUGGACCCCAUGUACCAAUUCUCCCUCAACUGGUUUAUCAAUCUUUUCUCCAACUCCAUUGACAACUCGGAGAAAGCCAGUGAGCUGCCAGAUCGUCUCAAGGCCCUUAGGAACCACUUCACACUCAGUCUGUACAAUAAUGUGUGCACUGGUCUGUUUGAGAAGGAUAAACUGGUGUUUUCAUUUCUGGUGUGUGUCAAUCUGCAGCGCUCAGAAAACAAAAUAGUGGAUGGUGAGUGGCUGUUUCUGCUGACAGGGGGCGUGGCUCUGGCCAGUGACCCCACCCCAAACCCUGCCCCUGAGUGGCUGCCAGAGACCACUUGGGUGCAGUUCCAGUGGCUGUCUUGUCUGCCGUCUCUCAAGCACUUGGUGGAGCUUUUCCCAAAGUUCCUUCAGGAGUGGCGUACAGUAUUUGAGUCUGAAGACCCGCAGAAGGAAACCAUUCCUCUGGACAAUGGUGAGGAGCUGACUCGCAUGCAGCUGUUGUGUGUGCUGAGGUGUCUCCGGCCUGACAAAGUGGUGGCAGCUGUUCAAGAUUAUGUGGCAGAUCUGCUAGGAAAGGCGUACAUUGAGCCGCCCCCAUUUGAUCUCGCCCGCACCUUUGCUGACUCCAACUGUUGCCUGCCACUUAUUUUCCUCCUCACUCCUGGUGCUGACCCCACCAACCUCCUCUUAAAGUUUGCUGAGGACCAGGGCAUGGGAGGAGACCGCUUGCAGAGUGUGUCACUGGGGCAGGGCCAGGGACCCGUGGCCAGGAAGCUGAUAGAGGAGGGAGCUCGCACAGGCACUUGGGUCCUCUUGCAGAACUGUCACCUGGCCAAGUCCUUCAUGCCAUCCUUGGAGAAGCUGUGUGAAGACCUGAACCCUGAGGCAACCCACUCUGACUUUCGGCUGUGGCUUACCAGUUACCCAUCAGCCCACUUCCCAGUUUCUGUCCUUCAGUCAAGCAUCAAGAUGGUAACAGAGCCUCCUAAGGGACUCAGAGCAAACCUUAAGCGCCUGUACCUUGCUGAUCCACUGUCAGAACCGGACUUCCUGAUGGGAUCAGGGUCUUCAGAGAGGUUCCGCCGCAUGCUGUUCUCACUCUGCUUCUUUCAUGCUGUUGUCCAGGAGCGGCGCCUCUUUGGUCCGUUGGGCUGGAAUGUACCAUAUUCCUUCUCAGAUACAGAUUUAAGAAUUUCUGCCCAGCAGCUCAGAAAUCUCCUGGACAACUAUGUGGAGAUCCCUUGGGAUGCCCUCCACUACCUUACAGCAGAGUGCAACUAUGGGGGUAAGGUGACUGACGAGCGUGACAGGAGGACCCUCAGCACCAUCCUGCGAUGCUUCUACAGCCCAGAGGUGGUGAAGGAGAACCCUCAUGCCUUUGAUCCACAUGGAGUGUACACCACACCCUCUGAUGGGGAGCACAGCCACUUCCUGGAGCACAUAUCAGAGCUGCCCCGGGAUGCCCCGCCUCACGUCUUUGGCAUGAACAGCAAUGCAAGCAUCAACAAGGAUCAGGCUGAGACCAAUAAGCUCUUCUCAGCUGUUCUUCUAACACAGUCAACCUCCCUUUCGGCGGGUGAUGGUGGCAGUGGCGAGGGCGACACCGUGGGGAGAACCUGUGAGGAGAUCCUGGGUCGCAUGCCUCCUCCCUUCCACGUGGAUGCAGCGCUCGCCAAGUACCCAACACGGCGGGAGCAGAGUCUCAACACAGUGCUGGUGCAGGAGAUGAGCCGCUACAACACCCUCAACAACACCAUCACCACCACACUUCAUGCUGUGCUGAGAGCUAUUGAAGGGACGGAGAGGCUGACAGAUGAGAUUGAAGAGGUGCUGGUGGGGGUCAGGACUGGCCGAGUCCCCUCCAUCUGGCGGGCAAGGUCAUAUCCAACUCUUAAGGGAUUGGGCUCCUACAUCACUGACCUUGUACAGCGACUCCAGUUCCUUCAGGGGUGGUAUGACAAGGGGCAGCCCAAGGUGUUCUGGCUGAGUGGGUUUUUCUUCACACAAUCCUUCUUGACAGCAGUUCUGCAGAACCACGCACGUGCACAUACCCUUGCCAUUGACCAGCUCGCCUUCCACUUCAAGGUGCUGGAGGUGGAUGAGGAUAGCCCCUCGCCAGAGGUGGGUACCUACAUCAAGGGUCUGUUCCUGGAGGGCGCCCGUUGGGACAUCUCCAAUAACCGUCUGGAGGAGGCGCUGCCCAGGAGGCUGCACGAAAACAUACCACCGAUCUGGCUGCGGCCAAUGAUACACAGCGAGAUCCCAAAUGAGCCAAGUUACUCCUGUCCUGUAUACAAGACAAGCGAGCGGCGGGGAACCCUUACCACCACGGGCCACUGCACCAACUACGUCAUCUCCGUCAGCCUGCCCACGCACCUCAGCCAGGACCACUGGGUGCUGCGAGGCGUGGCGCUGCUCUGCUCCCUUUCAGACUGAGUU